AUGCCCCAGGACACUGAGGCAGCCCAGUAUCUCCCCUGGCUGCAGCACAACAUUGCUGCUGAUGCCAUCCUGAUGGAUUUGGGGGCUCCAAAUCCAGCCCAGGGUGCUCUGAGGAGAAAAGAUGCACCCUGUGCCAGGAAGGCAGCCAGAACUUCAGCCAGAACUCAGACAUGGGUGGUCUACAAGCAGCAUCAUAUUGAUGAGAAGCACUACAGGUGCUUGGAAUGUGGGAAGAGCUCCAGGCAAAGAUCCUAUCUGAUCUGCCACCAGAAUAUUCACACCUGGGAACAGCCAUACAAGUGCCUGAAACGUGGGAAGGACUUCACUGAGUGCUCCAGCCUCAUCAUGCACCGGAACCUGCACACUGGGGAGCAGCCCUACAAGUGCGGGGAGCAUAGGAAGAGCUUCAGCCGGAGUUCCAGCCUCCUCUCCCACCACCUUGUCCACACUGGGGAGCCCUAGCAGUGCCCCAGCUGCAGAAAUAGAUUCAGCUUCAGCUCCCACCUGAUCUACCACCAGAAGAUCCACAGUGAGGAACGGCCCUACAAGUAUCCUGAGAGCAGGAAGAGUUUUCGGAGGCGCUCCCAUCUGAUGGUCAUGCAUGAGCAAACACAGAGAGAGAGAGAGAGAGAGGCCCUUUGCUGCCCUGACUGCGGGAAGGGCUUCAAACACAACUCCACCUUCACCCACAAGCACAUCCACACCAGGGAGAGGCCCUACAAGUGUCCUGAGUGUGGGGAGAGCUUCUCCGACAGCCCUGCCUUGAUUUCACACCAAUGGACCCAUGAGAAGGGGAAGCCCUACAAGUGCCCUGACUUCAAGAAGAGUUUUAUCUCCUGCUCCAGCUACAUCAGCCACUAGAGGACCCAUGUUUCAUUGUCCACAGUGACACAUAUUGUGCAAAAACAUGGUGAUCCACAUUCCUGGUUGACAUGGAUUGACCUUGGCACAGUGCCAGUGCUUCCAUGAAAGGUGUAUCUUACGAAAUGGUUGCUGUGAGAUGUGACCCGGGAACAGAACAAAGCAGGCUCUAACUUGGGAAUGGAGGGAAAAGACAACACUUUAUUAAUCUACACAGACACGAAAAGGAAGGGGAAAACUACAU